CCUUGAUUUUAUUCAUCAAUAUGCUAAGCGAUCGAGGGAGGUCGUUAUUCUUUCGACCUUGACAAACUUACGCCAUCGGGUUAUCUCUUGUCGCUUUCUCGUCGUUUUGUCGUAAACGUAAACUUUUUUAAAAUGCCAACGAUGAUUAUAUAUAUCCUUGCUUGGGCGAAAAAGUUUCGGGAAUAUUCUCGUCUUGUUCGAAAGUAAACACGAGAUCCAACAAUAUUAAUUGCUUGUUUUUCAUUACAAAAUUACUCCGCUUAAUUUUAUUAACGUUGAAGUGUCUUAAAAGAUAUACGUAGAUAAAAUUCUUCCUGUUACAAAGAAAUAUUUCCACAUAACGAUCGCUUUAUAUCAGUCUUAUAUCACCCGCCAUAAAUUUCCGUGUCGCUAUUUGUAUCGCGUAUCUAAAUUUAUGUACUUUCAAUUAACAACGAUGGAGAUAAAAUCGACGCGAGUAGCAAAAUCCCGUAUAUCGCGUUGCGCAGAAAAUACAUUUUAUGUAAGACCAUAAAGCAGAGCCGACGGAUAAGUUUACGCAGAUACUUCUCUUUAAGUUCCUAGGUCGAGGUCGUACGCUCGGAACCACCGACACUAGAUGAAUUGCCGUACCUUGUACCUUUCAUACCGCCGGGAAAUUAUUGACCAAUUACUUUUCCCUUCCUACAAACAAACGCGCGAUUAAUGACAGUCAUAGAUCAAAUUAUCUCCAAGGCGAUAUCUAGAUUCAUAUAGCUUUGUAACAACAAAUCAGCAUCCUUAUAGAGAAGUUUAUAUUGUCACUGGUAUACGUUCGCAUCCCUCCCCCCCCGUAAAUAUAUUCCAUACUUAUUCAUACGCUUAAAAAAUCCCACUUUUUUAAAAUGAUUCCAUUAUUCGGACAUUAUUAUAUCAAUUGUGGAAUUAUAUUAUUUUCAAGGUGAGAAACAGAGUCAUACGUUAAAUGUCAGAGUCCGCAAUCGUCGGGUCUGCAGUUGCAAGGCGCUUGAAAGGACACGAUAGCGCUCGCACCUUCCAGGAUCGCGUCAUAUGUCAUGCUCGGGGUGUCUCGCGGAAAAACGGAGGUGUCCGGGUGGUUUCGAUACGUACGUUCCUGGAUCAGCGGAGGUACGAUCUACGCGGGCGGCAAUGCUCAAAGAUGAGAAAGAGGGGACCCCGUUCGCGCACCGCCGUGGUGGUGGCAAUAUAAGGCCCGGCCGGUGGCGGGCCUCAGCCAGUCCGUGAGCGGUACCUACACCUUCAAGGUCCGCGUCCUUGAAAGCGUUACUCUUCGCCGCCCGUGCCGUUACACGAAGAGGAUUCGCCGUUGGGCGUCCCGCGCGACCGGUCAUCUAACCUUAGAAUCCGCUCCAUGAGAAUCGGAGCUCCGCUUUCAGCACUUGAUCCCCUCCCGCGCCCGGAAGUGGUGAACGCUGGGUUCGCCACCCCACCCCGAUCGGUUCUUUCUCAUCCCUUCCUGUAUAACAGUAACGAUUUCGAACGUCAGUUGAACGGGAGUGGUUGAGGGACAAAGAGUUGGAUAGUAUUCUGAAAGCAGCUCGUGGCAAGACGACGACGACGACGACGACGACGACGACGUGGUCGAGUAUUUGCAUUCCCCGCCGAGGAUCAGGACGAGCAUGAGGUCCUCGCUGGUGCUGCUCCUGGUAGCAGCUUUCGUUCUUGCCGAGAGAGACACGAUCCGAGUUAAGCGGCAAGAAGAGAAGAAGGAAGACAGCUUUGAGAACGAGAUUUGCAAGGACAAGGAUGCAGGCGAAUGGUUCAGAUUGGUCGCGGGCGAGGGUGACAAUUGCCGCGAUGUUAUCCAGUGCACGAGUUCCGGUCUGCAGGCGAUAAGAUGCCCGGCCGGCUUGUACUUUGAUAUCGACAAGCAGACUUGCGACUGGAAGGACUCGGUCAACAAUUGUAAGCUGAAGAACAAGGAGAGGAAGGCCAAGCCCCUGCUUUAUACCGAGGAGCCGCUCUGCCAAGACGGCUAUCUCGCGUGCGGCGACGGAUCCUGUAUCGAGAGGGGUCUCUUCUGUAACGGAGAGAAAGAUUGCACCGACGGCUCCGACGAGAAUAUUUGCGACAUGGACAAUGAUCCCAAUAGAGCUCCGCCAUGCGAUCCUGCCGUGUGUACCCUUCCUGAUUGCUUCUGUUCGGAGGAUGGUACCACGAUACCUGGCGAUCUUCCGGGGAAGGAUGUACCACAGAUGGUCACGAUCACCUUCGAUGACGCGAUCAACAACAACAACAUCGGCCUCUACAAAGAAAUCUUCAGUGGCAAGCGCAAGAAUCCGAACGGCUGCGACAUCAAGGCGACCUUCUUCGUCUCGCACAAGUACACCAACUAUUCCGCGGUUCAGGAGAUGCACAGAAAAGGCCACGAGAUCGCCGUCCAUUCUAUCUCGGCAAGGCAUAACGACGACGAGCGCUUCUGGUCCGACGCAACCGUCGACGACUGGGCCAAGGAGAUGGCCGGCAUGAGGAUCAUCGCGGAGAAGUACGCGAAUCUGACGGAUAAUAGCGUGGUCGGCGUCAGGGCGCCGUAUCUACGGGUCGGCGGUAACAAUCAGUUCACCAUGAUGGAGGAGCAGGCCUUCCUCUAUGAUUCCACCAUCACCGCGGCCUUGAACAACCCCCCGCUGUGGCCGUACACCAUGUACUUCCGGAUGCCGCAUCGCUGCCACGGAAAUCUUCAGCACUGUCCCACUAGGUCGCACGCUGUGUGGGAGAUGGUGAUGAAUGAGCUGGACCGGCGCGAGGAUCCCCAGAACGACGAGUAUCUGCCUGGCUGCGCCAUGGUGGACUCGUGCAGCAAUAUCUUGACCGGCGAUCAGUUUUACAACUUCCUCAAUCACAAUUUCGAUCGUCACUACGAGCAAAAUCGCGCGCCCCUUGGACUCUACUUCCACGCCGCGUGGCUGAAGAACAAUCCCGAGUUCCUGGACGCCUUCUUAUAUUGGAUCGACGAGAUUCUGCAAAGCCACAACGACGUAUAUUUCGUGACGAUGACUCAGGUAAUCCAAUGGAUCCAGAACCCGCGUACCGUCACCGAGUCGAAGACCUUCGAGCCCUGGCGGGAGAAGUGCACGGUGGACGGACCUCCGGCGUGUUGGGUGCCCCAUACCUGCAAAUUGACCUCGAAGGAAGUACCCGGCGAGACCAUCAACCUCCAAACUUGCGUGCGCUGUCCCAACAACUAUCCCUGGGUAAACGACCCGACUGGUGACGGCUUCUUCUAAACUGCCGAGCGCGAUUCUCCUUCUCGUCUAAGUCAAAUUUCUCCAUCUCCUUUCUCCUCAGUCCUACCGAUCUUUCCCUCCUCGUAUGUUAGUAGUCUGUCGAUCGAAAGGCGCGUCGCGAAUCUCGCGGUUCAACCACGACGCCGGAAAUCGCCGACCGACACAUCAAGUUUUCUCGAGACUUUCUAGAGUAACGGCGAUUACGGCGCACGAUGAGGUACUUGGAAGAAACGAGGAGAAAGAUCAUCGUUAGUCUGUUAGAUUCCGGUGACCGCUCUUAGUUGCCAAUAUUUUUCGCUGUUUUUAUUGUUGAGAACGACGUAUCUGUGAUGAUUAGUUCUGUUCAGUUGGAAUAACACGGGGUCUAAUGGACUGAAGAUGAAAUGGAGUAAAAUGAAGCUCUCUACCCGCUUCGCAUUUACAGAUGUCCCUUCAACAAUGACGUUCAGCUUCGCCUUUACUUAGUUUACACUCGAAAUUUGCACUCUACGCUGUAAAGACAAAAAAAAA